UCCUACAUCCUCUUCCGUUGAUUCUCCCCAAUGAAAGUUUGAGCAGCUCCACUUGUCUUCCGUUCAAAUUCACCGUUUUGAGUCUUCGUUUCUGAUCAGUAGUUUCGGUUCCCUCGGAUCUGGUCGCGACCGUGAAUUUCGGAUUUCGAUCAGGGAUUCAGGGGUUCAUCUUGGAUUACUAGAUUUCAGGUUUCGACUGCUACUUCAUCUGGGUGAUCUUCGUUUCGGCUGGAAUUCGAAAUUCGUGAGCUGGGUUUUUUUGGGGAUGGAUGGUAACAAGGACGAGGCGUUGAGGUGCGUGGCAUUCGCCGAGGAAGCGAUCGCCGCGGGCAACAAAGAGCGGGCGCUUAGAUUCAUCAAGAUCGCGCGGCGCCUGGACCGGAAUUUGCCCGUUGCCGCGCUGUUGGACCGGUGCGACAGGCUCGAUUUCGGGUCGGAGGAGACUCCUGCUGAGGAGAAGUCUCGUGAUGAUGGGAGCAAUAAGGAGCCGGGUUCUGGGAAAUGCGAGGAAGGUUCGGAUGCCGGGAAAAAGAAAUAUGGGGAAGAGCAUAUUCAGCUAAUUGGGCAGAUUAAGGACGGGGAUUAUUAUGCGCUUCUGGGGUUGGAGAAAGCUUGCUCCUCGGAGGAGAUUAAGAGGGCUUAUAGGAAAUUGUCGCUGAAAGUGCAUCCCGACAAGAACAAGGCGCCGGGUGCGGAGGAGGCAUUCAAGAAAGUGUCCAAAGCGUUUAGGUGCUUGAGUGAUGAUGGUUCGAGGAAGCGGUAUGAUCAGACUGGUUUUGUCGAGGAAUUCGAGUAUAAUCAGCGGCCUAAUAAUGCUAGGCGGAGGAGGAGGAGGAGAACUGGAAAUGACUUGUUUGAUGAUGAUUUCGACCCGGAUGAGAUAUUCAGAGCCUUCUUCCGCGAGAGGGACCCUCAUAGGACAUCUCAUGUUUAUAGGUCGGGAGGAGUGGGUGGUUACCGGAGAGAGGACUCCGAUGUAGGAGGAUUUAGCCUAAUGGUUCUUUUGCAAAUUUUACCAUUCUUGAUCAUCCUUCUGCUCGCAUAUAUGCCCUUCACAGAGCCUGAGUACUCGUUGUUCAAGAAUUACUCUUAUGAGGUCUCCAAGGCAACUGAAAAUCAUGGAGUGGAAUUUUUUGUGAAAUCAUCUGCAUUUGAUAAUAAUUAUCCACCAGGAAGUCCUGCUCGAGCUAACAUUGAGGACAACGUGAUCAAGGAUUAUAAAAGUAUGCUUUGGCGUUACUGUCAUAUAGAAAUGCAAAGACGUCAAUGGAAUAAGAAUCUGCCAACUCCUAAUUGCAAGAAGCUGCAUAACUUUGGCAUAGCAUGAAGGACUCAUCAUUAUAUUAAAAGAGGAAAAAAAAAAGGCUGGUUGUGUAAAUGCCACACAUCAGGAUUAAAAUUUCCAGCAAAUCUUGCAAUCAUAGGGAGUCAGCCCAGCAUGCUCAAAGGAAGAGCCCUUCUGAAUGGUACAAGUGAUGUCAAUGUCCCAUGCUAUGGCUAAUAAGAGCUAUGCAGAAACCAUUUUUCUCAAUGAAUUUGGAAAUUAAUUCUAUUUACUGAUGUUUGGUUUGCUUCCAGUGCAUGUUUGCAUACAGAGGUAAUGAAUAGUGAACAUGUCGGUUGUAAUAGAGUUAGAAAACACAUGGUUGGAAGUCCUGAAAACUAAACUAAGCAUUAUGGGUCUUCUGUGCUGGUUUUUCUUGCUUUUAGCCUGCGUGGCUUGUCUGGUGGCGGUUGUGUGCAAUUAUUUGAAGAAUUAUGAACUGUGCAUGUGUAUGUUCAGCUUUGGGAACUAUAAAGUGUUUACUGUCAGUUUGCCUGCUUCCCAUGUAUCUUUGAUAAUGAUUGUGGUAAGUUAUAGAUGCAAAUUUUCAAUGGAGUGUGAACGCUUGAGGUUAAGUCCUGAAGGCCAAUGAGAGAAUGGAUUUCCUGUGCUGAUUUGUGAUUUGCUUUUUGGGUGGUAAUUGUAUGAGUCUGUGGGUGAGUUUAGUUUCCAUUGUGAUAUCGCCAUUGGUUAUUAGCUAUAUGGCCAACCUUGUAUGUGUGUGUCUAGUAUUGCAUUGUUCGUAUCUUGUGUACAUGUUGAUGGCAUAUUUGCUUUUCAAUGGAGUUCAUUUCUGUCACUUGUUGAACACCAAGCAGCUACAUAGUCAUUCUCACUGAGCUAAGUUAAUGGACAGAGUAUGAGAUUAAAUGGGACAAAAUGAACAUGAACCUGGACUGGAUAUUGCAGCUGCUUAAAGUAACUCCAAGUUUCAAGAGUCCUCACCCAUAAUCUUGCCAUAUCCAAUAGAACUUGUCUAUGCAUCCAUCCAGGGAAGUUGCACCAGGAGAAGGGUUGGAAGGUUUUUGAUACUUUGUUUUACCCUAAUAGAAUUUGAUAAUGCUUCUUGUGGCUUGCAAAAAUGUUGAUCCAUUGGGAAUGGUUGCCAAAGUUUUUGAAAUCUUAAGUGCCAAUAGUAACUUAUAUUUGUGAUGUAGAAUCAUCCCCUGUAAAUGAAAUGUCUUCUAUGAAUGAAGCCCGGAUAAGCAAAUUGUAUCUCCUGUAA